CUGCUCAUGAAAGUUAGAAUAUAUUAGGAUAAGUGAGCAGAUAAGGUAGAAGGAAAGGAAAGAAGGAUGAUGGCACUGUCAGUGAGCAGCGUGGUGAAGAGUCUCUACUUCUCUGGCAAUCACAGCCGCAACCACGGCCCCAAUCGCAACCACUCCUUCAAACACAACAAACAACAUUCAUUUUCAGUUUCGGCCUCUCUAAACCCAUCGCCGUAUAUUCCCAGAUCCAAACCCCCACAGCAGCAACAACUCUACCAGCCCUUUCGACCACCGCCUUCACCGCUCCCCUCGCAGUUUGCCACCCUCGACACCGCCGGCCGCAUAGAAGUUCUCGCCAACCGACUCGGCACAUGGCAUGAGUACGCUCCCCUUAUCUCCUCCCUCAUCCAAGAUGGCUUCACCCCUCCCUCUAUUGAAGAGCUCACCGGCAUAUCCGGCGUCGAGCAGAAUCGCCUCGUCGUCGCUGCUCAAGUCCGGGAGUCACUCCAACAGUCAAAUACUGACCCUGACGUCCUCUCCGCCUUCGAUACCAGCGGCGCUGAGAUUCUCUACGAGAUUCGCCUCCUGAGUGCUUCCCAGCGCUCUGCCGCCGCCCGUUACAUAGUGGAUAAUAAGUUCGAUGGAAAGGGAGCUCAGAAUUUGGCGCGCGCUAUGAAAGAUUUCCCUGGCAGGAGAGGGGAGAAGGGUUGGGAGAGCUUCGAUUACACUCUCCCCGGAGAUUGUCUCUCUUUCAUGUAUUACCGGCAAAGCAGGGAGCACAAGAACCCUUCUGAUCAGAGAACUUCUGCGUUGGAACAGGCGCUGAAGGUUGCCGUCACAGAGAAGGCGAAGAACACGGUUCUGGAGGAGUUGAAGGGGGAAGGAGACACGGAUGAAGAGAAGGGGAACGAGGUCGGAAGAGGUGUUCUUGUGCCGGUGGUGAGGUUGAAGUACGGUGAGGUGGCGGAGGCUACCUCGGUUAUUGUGUUGCCGGUAUGCAAGGCGGAAAAGGGAGAAAAGGAGGUUAUGGAGGCACCGUUUGAGUGCAGGAGCGAGGGUGAGUUCAGGAUCGUGAGGGCAGAGAAAGCGUGGGGGAGCUGGGUGGUUUUGCCCCGGUGGGAACCGGUGGCUACGAUGGGGAGAGGAGGAGUUGUGGUUUCAUUUGUGGAUGCGAGGAUUUUGCCAUGGAAGGUGAAUAGGUAUUACAAGGAGGAGCCUAUUUUGGUGGUGGCUGAUAGAGAGAAUACGGAGGUAGUUGCGGAUGAUGGGUUCUAUUUGGCUAAGGUUGAUGGUCAUGAUGGUUUAAUGGUUCAGAGGGGUUCAGCAUUGAAGGAGAAUGGCGUCAAGGAAAGUUUGGGAAUGGUUGUAUUGGUUGUUAGACCUCCCAAGGAUGACACUGAUGAUCAACUCAGUGAUGAAGACUGGAACUAAUCCAUUCAUCAUCCGUCUUAAAUUUCAGAUUUUGUUGUUGUAAUUUUAAUCUAUUUGUAUACACCUUUUAGAUGGAUUUAGUUGUAUUCUUUGUUUUC